AUGUAUAAAGUUGCUCUAUUAUUCGCUCUCUCCUUCUGUUUGGCACUUGCCAAACAUGAACAGUACAACGGAUUCGUCUUGUACGAGGUUAAGGUUGCUAAUGAACAACAGGCGAGGCGAGUAAAUGCAUUGGGAAACGAACUUGAACUGGAUAUUUGGUCGUAUGCCGGUCCCACACGUCCAGGUCUGGUCCUUGUACCAGGACCAAUGCGUCAAGUCUUCCAGAGGGAGAUUACUGCUGCUGGAGCACAAUAUGAAAUUCAAGUAGAAAACAUCAAAGAGAUGCUAGAUAUGGAAGACCGAUUGUUGGCCGCAGCUGAACAGCGCAGUAACAGAAGCGACAGUCGCCUCUCGUUUGAUGCUAUCCACCGAUACCAAGCUGUUGAUGACUACCUCGUUAAAUUAGGCAAAACCUAUCCAACAGUAAAAGUUGUUUCGGCGGGGAAAAGUUUUGAAGGCCGUGACAUGAAGUACCUGAAAAUUUCAACAACUAACUUCCAGGAUUCUUCUAAGCCUGUGAUCAUGAUUCAGUCACUGCUUCACUCUCGUGAAUGGAUAUCUUUACCUGCUUCUCUUUACGCUAUCAAGAAAUUAGUUGUUGAUAUCACCGACAGGGAUCUCGUUGAUAAAAUCGACUGGAUUAUCUUGCCUAUCGCUAAUCCCGAUGGAUAUGAAUUCACUCACACCAACACACGUUUCUGGAGGAAAAAUCGCUCUACAGGUCAUAUGGUUGGCAAUGUAUGCCUUGGUGUUGAUCUGAAUCGUAACUUUGAUAUCAAAUGGGGUUCACAGUCUAGCAGCUCUGCCUGCUCUGAGACUUACCACGGCAAGGGACCUUUCUCUGAACCUGAGACUGCUAUUAUCCGGAAUAUCGUACUGGAGCACGUCAACCGACUUGAGCUAUAUUUUGAUAUCCACAGCUAUGGUAGCAUGAUCCUUUAUGGUUACGGAAACCGCGAACUUCCAUCCAAUGCCCUCACCCUCAACGUAGUCGGUGUUAGAAUGGCGCAAGCGAUCGACGCUGUAAAAUGGCCUGCGAAUCCUAAAUACCGUGUCGGAAACUCGGCUAUGAUCCUUAACUAUAUGGAUUCGGGAACUGCCACCGAUUACGUUCAAGCUGUCAGUGUUCCUCUUUCAUUCUGUUAUGAAUUACCAGCAUACCGAAAUCAAAACACCGGUUUGAACGGUUUCCUUGUGGACCCUGAUUUUAUUGAACAAGCUGGCUAUGAAACUUGGCAAGGAAUUAAGGAAGGCGCGAAAUUCGUGUUGGAACAUCAUAGAAGUAACAAGUAA